GCCGCCGUCAGCUGAGCUGGCUGUCACGUGACGGCGCGGCCGAGGGAGCGGGCCCGGCGGGGCCGGGCGGCGCGGGGCGAGGGACCAUGUCCACCCAGCGCCUCCACAGUGAGGACUACAACGACUACAGCUCCACAGAUGUCACGCCAGAGGGGAGCCCGCCCGGCGGCAUGAACGGCUUUGCCCACCCCGAGUCCUACCAGCGCUUUGGGGAGUCCAAUGGGACAACGUGGUACCAGACCCUGAUCCACCUCCUGAAGGGGAAUAUUGGCACGGGGCUGCUGGGGCUGCCUCUGGCUGUGAAGAACGCCGGCAUCCUGCUGGGUCCUCUGAGCCUGCUGGUGAUGGGAGUCGUGGCUGUGCACUGCAUGGGCAUCCUGGUGAAAUGUGCCCAUCACUUCUGCUACAGGUUCCAGAAGCAGUUUGUGGACUAUGGGGGUGCAGUGAUGUACGGGUUGGAGUCGACUCCCAGCGCGUGGCUGCGGACACAUGCUGUCUGGGGAAGGCGUGUAGUGGGACUCUUCCUGAUCAUCACUCAGCUGGGUUUCUGCUGUGUGUACUUCGUCUUUUUAGCUGACAAUCUGAAACAGGUCAUAUCUGCAGCAAACGGGACCACCAAUGACUGCAACUCGAACAGGACGGUGGCAAUGACCCCCACCAUGGACUCCCGGCUAUACAUGCUUUCCCUGCUGCCUUUCGUGGUGCUGCUCACGUUCAUCCAGAAUCUCAAGGUCCUGUCCGUCUUCUCCAUGCUGGCCAACGUGGCCAUGCUCGUCAGUCUUGUCAUGAUCUACCAGUACAUCGUCAGGGACAUUCCUGAUCCCAGUGCCCUGCCUCUAGCAGCAGCCUGGAAGACCUACCCUCUGUUUUUUGGCACAGCGAUCUUUGCUUUCGAAGGCAUCGGGGUGGUGCUGCCUCUGGAAAACAAGAUGAAGAACCCCCAGCAGUUCCCAGUCAUCCUCUAUGUGGGGAUGACAAUCGUCACCAUCUUGUACAUCAGCCUGAGCGUCCUGGGGUACCUGCGCUUUGGGGCGGACAUUCAGGCCAGCAUAACACUCAACCUGCCCAACUGCUGGUUGUACCAAGCCGUCAAGCUGCUCUUCUCCAUCGGGAUUUUCUUCACGUACGCCGUGCAGUUCUAUGUGCCCGCUGAGAUCGUCAUCCCUCCCCUCGUUGCCCGGGUGUCGGAGCGCUGGGGCUUGCUGGUCAACCUGCUCCUUAGGGUGGCCCUGGUCAGCGUGACCUGUGUGCUGGCCAUCCUCAUCCCGCGCCUGGACAUCGUCAUCUCACUGGUGGGCUCCGUCAGCAGCAGCGCCCUGGCUCUCAUCUUCCCCCCGCUGCUGGAGAUUGCCACCUACUACACAGAGGGCAUGCACCCCCUCGUCAUCGCCAAGGACAUCGCCAUCAGCCUCUUCGGCUUCGUGGGUUUUGUGGUGGGGACGUACGAGGCGCUGGUGGAGCUGGCUGCGCCCGCUGCCGCUGUGGUGAACACCACCAGUACCAUGAUGCAGUGACGGUCCCGCUGCCCCGCUGGCUCCUCCGGAUGCUGUGCUGGGGGCACACGGGCACUGGGCGCUGCUGGUGACCUGGGGACGGUCUGCCCUCUCCUCCUGGGAAACAUGGUGGGUUUGGUCUGCGAGAGGAUGGGGCUGCCCCGCGUCAUGGCCACCCAUCUCUGGAUGCAGCAAGGUCCUGUGCUGGGCUCCGGCCGGGGAGGUGGGAUCCGGCCCAGGGGUGGGGCAGUGCCUUCCUCGGGGGCUUUUUGGGCAGGUGACACAGCAAAACAGCCCCCCUGGGCACCUCUGUAAAUAGUCACGUGGAGAGGUAAGGAAUCCUGGAGAUGUAGAUUUUAAUUUAAUUUUAUUUUUUUUAAAUCCCAACCUUUCCAUAUUUCCCCCUGUCCCUUCAGUCAGGGCGGGGAACAGGACUGCUCUUUUUUGUGCCAGUUUCCGCGCCCCCCCCCCCCCCCCCCCAGCACUUUAUUUUUACAGCAACAGAGAAACCUCAGCUCAGGUUGGAGAGCGUGGAGCUGCCUCCUCACCCCAGCCCUGCGGGGAUGGCGGAUGGAGCCCAAGGUGUGGAGCAUCCCGGGGCCCCCCAGCUCUCCUGCGGUGGGAUCCCCGGACAUGGGCAUUGGCUCCUGCUGGGCUCCGGCUGUUUCCAGCCACCUUGGGGGCUGAGCAGGGCCCGGAGCUGGGUACCGGGCAUGGCACCUCCUUGCCCUGGGAGGGUUUGCUGAACCCUGGCCCAUGCUUUUAGUAGUGACACUUUUUUUUUUUUUUUUUACCCCCAUCUAGCGCACAUACUGAACGCGUGGCUUUCAGAAGCAUUAGGAACCGAGGCGUGCGGAUAGCAAAUGGGCUCUGCCACACUGAGGGUCUGAGCUGGAUGCCUUCAGCUGGGAGCCUCUCCCUGCACGGGACGGGAUGUCCCGGGGGUCACCACGUGCUACCCACAUGCUGCAAAAAUACAUCACCGUGUUUACAGUGCCUGAGCUGGCCCUGGCACGCUCCGGCUGCAUCUGCAGGCCAUUACUGAAUGUCAAAUCACACAAAAACCCCAUAAUAUUUUUUUUUUACCCUUUCUCUCCUGGUCCCACCAGCUCCUCAUCCCCUGGUGGGAGGCAGCUCUCUGGUGCUUCUCCCUGUGCUACUGCUGCUGUUUGCGUUGUGGCUGGUGCAUGCCUGGUGGGGACGGUCCCUGCCAUGCUGCUGCUUUCCUUCCUCUCGGUGAGCUCAGCUUCCUCCCUGGAGAGUUCCCUUCACUUUCUGCUGGAUUCAUUUUUUUUAAUUUUUUUUUUUAAGAUGAGAGCAAAUGCAUCCUCCAUGGGAUGUCUUUUCCUAGCGAUGUAAAAGCCACCCCUCUGCAACCCCCUGUCUGGGCCGAACUCCUCCCUGCUAACACAGCAUCUCCCAAACGCCCGGCAGCACAGUGGCUUCCUUUGGAGAGCCGUUAUCCCCGCAUCCCGCCGCAGCCGUGUCUCCCUGGGGAUGGGCAAAGGCUGCUGGUGGUGGUGGGAAAGGAGCGUGACUAUAGUGCUGGUGGGCUGCGUUCCCAUCUUUGAUGGAGGAUGUGUGAGGCUUGGGGUUACUUUUGGUGUUUGACCCGCUUCUGGGAGGAGGAGGCCGUGCAGAGCGGUGUCCCUGCAGUCUGCCUCCUCGAUGUGUGGUGUUUCAGUGUCUUGCACUAUGUCCCCUUUUCUGGCUCUGCUUUGGGUGCCCCGUGCCACGGCCAGGUGUGGGGUGGGUCUGUGCCACGUCGCUGUUCCUUUCCAGCCCCUCGCCUUCUCACUGCAUCCUUGGAGCUCACCUCGUCUCCAACAAGUCUGUGCUGGUGAAGGUUUCAGCAUGCUCUGGCAUUGCUUGCUUAUGGGCAGAGCAAAGCUUUAAGUCAUAUCCUCCAUCUGGAGGACACCGUGGGGGUAGAGAGCAAACACCCGGGUCUGCGAGGGGGAGCAGGCUGGGAGGGGGCUCCAGGGCACUCCGCAGAUGGGAAAAGUGCAAUAUUCACGUCCAUCGCUGUGUACUGACCCCAGUGUGGCCCUUGAGCAUUGAGUUUGAGUGCAGAAAUGUCACCCUUGGCAGAGGAGGGCAUGCUGUGAGGAGCAGAGGACAUCUGAUGCUUGCCCCCAGUUCUGUCAGUACCCAGUGAGAAGGCCGGCCACAUUUUGGGGGACAGCUGUGUCCCAGGGCAUGUCCCCAGCCUGGUACUGGGCAUCAGUGGGUUUGCUGGUGGGGCUCCUGGCAUCCAAACUCACUUCACAGUCUGCGGUGAAGACCUCAUUUCCAAGGAGCUUGGGAUAUCACAGCAGCAUUAAACGUUUUUUUUUGCAGUUCUUCACUUUAUCUGGGUGAGCAGGGGGUGUUUGGAGAUGGGGCCAGGCGUGCCGGUGGGGCACACAGCAGGAGGACCUGACAGAGGACCGGGAUGGACACAAAAACUUGACACUCGUAUAUUGUAGGCUGCUCUGUAACCAUGGAAAUUGUCUGUGUAAAUAUAGGAAUGAUUACUGUACACGUCUUGUGCCUAUGGAUGUUGUCAGCGUACAGCAUGUGUAGCUGCCUGGUGGAAGAGCUGGUGUGCUGCACAUGAAUCAUGUAUCUUUAAUCAAUAAAUGCGAUCUAUUUUUUAUGUGAAAAGGCUCUGGGGGGUGAUGGGACGUUAAUGCCAGUGGACAUGCUACAACUUUUGGGACUUGUCUCUUUGGGUUUUUUUAAAUUUAUUCCCCCCCCCCUUUUUUUUUCUUUUUUACAUCCAGGUUGGAUGGGGCUUUGAGCAACCUGGUCUAGUGGAGCGUGUCCCUGCCCAUGGCAGGGGCGUUGGAACUAGAUGGUCUUUAAGGUCCCUUUUCCCACCCC